AUGGCAGCGACAGCGAUUGCGUUUCGGUGCCAGGGCUACGUCAUGGUCGCUGCGGCUGGUCUCAACGCCUUCUACUACAUUAAAAUCACUGACGAGGAGGACAAAAUUACGCAGCUUGACACACAUCAGCUGGUGGCGUGCAUUGGUGAGAAUGGCCCUCGCGUGAACUUCACCGAAUACAUCAAAUGCAACCUCGCACUCAACCGUAUGCGCCAACACGGACGCCACAGCAGCUGCGAGUCGACGGCGAACUUCAUGCGCAAUUCUCUCGCCAGUGCACUCCGCAGCCGCGAGGGUGCUUACCAGGUGAACUGCCUCUUUGCCGGCUACGACGUGCCGGUGUCCGAGGACGACGACGGCGCGGCGGGGCCGCAGUUGUUUUACAUGGACUACCUCGGCACCCUGCAGGCUGUGCCGUUUGGUUGCCACGGCUACGGCGCUUCGUUUGUAACGUCUCUGCUAGACCGCCUCUGGCGUCCGGACUUGACCGAGCAGGAGGGCCUAGAGCUCAUGCAAAAGUGCUGUGACGAGGUGAAGCGCCGCGUUGUUAUCAGCAACGCACACUUCUUCGUGAAGGCAGUAACAAAGAACGGGGUAGAGGUCAUCUCAGCGGUGCACUAG